AUGUCCACUGCGGAAGAAUCCCCAGCCCAGCAGGCUGCUCGUCUCCGGCGAGAACGCCGAGAGGCGAAAAUUAGAGCCGGCGGCUCUGCAAGAUUAGACAAAAUCACCAGUCUGAGCGGAAGGACUCCUGCUAGUGCGGUGGCAGACGAGCCCUCCCGUUCAGCUAGCCCUUUAAACAGCUCAACCCCAGAGCUCCAACCACAGGAGCAAUCCCAAUCGGUCUCACCGUUACCCAAACCCACCACCGCCGCCGACAAUUCCCCCGAGAGCAUCGAAGCGCAAGAAGCUUACUUGCGCGCCUUACUACGAUCCAAACAACCCCUUGACCAGCCGGAGGAAACGGACCCAACCGCAAAACUCCUCGGCUCACUGAUGGGUCUCGAUUCCGCGCCGUCGGAUCCCACCGGUGGAAGCGGAGGAGCCGCAGGUCCACCGGUCGCGGAUAUACUGUCUCAGAACCUCACUGCGUUUGGCUUGCCGUCGUCAAUGGCCAAUUUGUUCACGCAGCAGCUACGACCAGAGUCGCCCGAGGAUCAGCGGAAAAACAAGACGUGGCGCCUCCUUCAUACGGUUGUUGCUUGUGUUAUCGGGCUCUGGAUGAUGUUUGUGUUUCAGACGUCUGUGGCAACUUAUGGGAAACGCCCACCGCCGCCGGCUACGGCUCAAAAUCCGUUUAUGCACUUUGUUACGGCGGAGCUUAUUCUCGCUGGAGGGAGGGUGUUGACGAGUAUGGGCAGUGGUCAGCUGCGGACUGUGCGGCCGUGGAUGCAGAUUUUUUCGAAUGUUAUGAAGGACGGCAGGAUAAUUUUGUUUAUGCUGGCCAUAACGGAAUUAUGGGCGAAUUACCGCUACAAGUUGUGA